AUGGAUCAUCCGCCUCCAUCCCAGUAUGAUGAGCUAUCUCCCCCUUCCUCGGUGGCAGGCCAGAUCUGGGACAUGGCCCUCACGGACCCCGACUACGCCUCCCAUAUCCUCGACACCGAGAAUGCUGCCGCACCAUUAUCGGCACGACUCACAAGACUAGCACAUCUGGCAUCGCAAUUCAAUCCCACAUCCAAAUCCGACUCGGUCACUCUCCAUCACUGUCUCGACACCCUGGAAUCCUUGUUGGACCCGCGUCCGGGAUUGACUCAAGAAGUUGCCCGGUGCCGUCCCCAAAGUCUUUCGCGAUCGUCCAACUCUGCUGCUUCCAUUUCUACCACCGACUCCCAGGAAACAACCGAUUCCCUUAUCUCGAUAGGGGAGAUGUCGCACCCUCAACUUAAAGAUAUUCUGGGCGAGGUUGCCGCCCUCAAAGUGGAAUUCGACCAGCGUCGGAAGGAGUCGUCGGAUAUAUACGACUUGCUCACCCAGGAACGUCAAGCGCUGGCACAAAGGAUCACUGGACUGGAAGAAGAGAUCCGGGAAUUAAACAUGGAUAUUCUGGAAGACUCUGCGGAGCGUGAAGCGAUCCAGGGCACGAUACGAGGGCUCGAAAGCUGGGUGGACGAAUGGCACAAACAGCGCCUGCUAAUUGCGGCAAGGAAACAGGGCUCUGCCUCAAGGCGAAAUGGUCAAAGAAGAUGGACCAAAUGCAAGGCGGAAGAUGUUGAUGGUGACGGCGAAGCACUCUUUGAAGGCAUCACUGGGUGGAUGCGUGGAUGGAAAGACGUCGAGGAAGUCUUUCGUAUCCGGGAGAGGAAUCGCAGUUUGAGAAGGGAAGAAAGGCAACAGGCACGGACGUAAUACGUAUAGAAGGCACUGCGCGGCAGGCUUGGGCCCUUGAUCGAUAAGAAUGAGGCUGAGCUGCUGCAUUUUUGGAUUGCAUAGCCCAAGUGUGAAGGCAUGAGACCCUUGGUGCAACGUGCUGAGGGGCUGCUGAGACCUUCCACUGAAAAAAGGGAAAAGAGCCAUGGGCAAUCACUGAUCAAUCGGUCCAUGAAUAAAU